GAAGCCUUCCCGCCAUUAGCAUUCCUCUAGUUAGGAUGAGAGUUCGAGUUUGGCCAUAAAAAAAAACAAAAGCGAGGUAGGUGGAUAGGCAGGCGGCCAUGGAAUCCCCACCAAUCAGCGGUGGAAUCCUCCUUCAACCUCCACUUCACUUUUUGACGCUUCAAAACAGAAUCUAAUCUUGAGACCUCGGCCCCACCUCACCACCAAACACCUACCUGCACCACCACCGCCAUCACUUCUCUCUCUCUUUACCCUCUUCACUCGAUCUCCUCCUCCUCGGCUCCACCACUACCCACCACCUCUUCUAAGGUCUCUUUCUUACCUUCCACCUUAUGUCUAAAUCUCGAAUUUACGUUUUCCAUUAUCUGUCUGCUCAUUCUUUGCUCACAAGUUGAAAAAAGUUCUUUAACGUUUGGAUUUCUUGGAUCUCUGAUUUAUAUUCCGAGCCUUUUUCAUUUGGAGAAACUGUUGGAUUGAAUAAAGGUUUGCAGAUGGAAUUUGCUAUAAGUUCGUCUUCUUUGGAUCUUUCAAAUCUUUGCUUCGAGGGUCUCAGGUGAAAUACUGCCAAUUUGCGAUUUGCCAAACCUUUUCUGGGAUUUCGUUUUCUUGCUAAGAAUGAGAAUGCUCAAGAAUCUUUUUGUAAUUUUAAAAGAAUGGUCAUUUCUAGCCAGUUAAUGCCUGGACACACUGAGGGGUCUUUCAUGGGGAAUAAACGGCUGCAGGAUCAUAGUCGGAAGCUGGAAUUCGUGAGGACCUUGCUGAUUGAUAGCUAUGAUAGUUACACCUACAACAUUUACCAAGAGCUGUCUGUUGUUAAUGGGGUUCCACCUAUGGUGGUGAAGAAUGAUGAGUGGACAUGGGAGGAAGUGUGCCACUACUUAUAUGAAGAAAAAGCUUUUGAUAAUAUUGUUAUAUCACCUGGCCCUGGUUCUCCAACAUGUGCAGCGGAUAUAGGAAUAUGCCUUCGGUUGCUGCCUGAGUACAGGGAUAUUCCCAUUUUGGGAGUUUGUCUUGGACAUCAGGCUUUGGGUUAUGUGCAUGGUGCUCAGAUUGUCCAUGCACCUGAACCAGUCCAUGGACGCAUGAGUGAAAUUGAGCAUGAUGGGUGCAGACUCUUCAAUAACAUCCCUUCUGGCAAAAAAUCUGGAUUUAAGGUUGUCCGAUAUCAUUCUCUUAUUAUAGAUGCACGAUCACUCCCGAAGGAACUUUUACCAAUUGCAUGGACAUCUUCUACUGGCACACAUUCUUUCCUUGAGUCUCAGAAUUCUGAUUUUAUCCCUGAUGCUCGUGAGAGUCAGGUUAGGCCAACCAUUUGUUUUGAUACUUAUUCACCAGAAUUAAAUAAUGGAACUUCUUGGUCUUUUAGCCACUCCACAGAAGUGCGAAGGGGAAAAAAUCUCAUGGGCAUUAUGCAUUCUACCAGGCCUCAUUAUGGUAUACAGUUUCAUCCAGAGAGUAUUGCAACUUAUCAUGGAAGGAAAAUAUUUGAGAAUUUUAGAGAGAUGACACGAGACUAUUGGCACCGAUUGAGGUCGACAUUUGUUAAUGAGAGACAUGCCUUUUAUACUGCAUGCAUGCGGUUGCCUGGUGCUAUUCAACUGUUUGGAGUUCCUAGAACUGGGCCAUUAGAAUGCAAUGAAGAUGCUCUACCAUUUAGAGAAGCUUCAAGAAGAAGGCAAUUGCUGGGCAAUAUAGAUGAGAUUAAUUGUUUUAACAUGUCCAGUUUACUGAAGUUUCCCAAAUCAAAUGUUCAUGUAAAGCAUUUAAAAUUGAAAUGGAGGAAGUUUGAUAGAUUGGCAGCACAACUUGGUGGAGCAAGAAACAUAUUUUCUGAACUAUUUGGAGCUAAUAGAGGAAACACCUUUUGGUUGGACAGUUCCUCAGUAGAGAAGGGAAGGGCAGGCUUUUCGUUUAUGGGAGGUAAAGGUGGAUCACUUUGGAAGCAAAUUACAUUUAGAUUGUCAGAUCAAAGUGAUAUGGCUUUCAAGAGUGGUGGUUUUUUAUCAAUUGAAUAUGCUCAAGGCACUACCAAAAGCAUGUAUUUGGAAAAAGGUUUUCUCGAUUUUAUGAACAAGGAACUCCUAUCAUUCCAUUAUGAUGAAAAAGAUUUUGAAGGACUGCCAUUUGACUUCUAUGGUGGAUAUAUUGGUUAUAUUGGAUAAGUUUAUUAAAAUGUGUAUAACCUUAAAAUUGAAUGUGGCAUGCUAUCUAAUCGUUACAAAUCUAAGACUCCGGAUGCUUGCUUUUUCUUUGCUGAUAAUUUUGCAGUCAUUGAUCAUCUUUAUGAUGAUGUUUAUAUAAUGUCUAUACAAGAAGGAAGCACAACCGAUACAUCAUGGUUGGAUGAUGUACAACAGAAGCUCCUUCAUUUGGAAGCUUCUGCUGCAAGCAAGUUAGAGAAGCAGACUUCACAACCUUCAACAUUUUUCCCAUGCACGACGGCUGGCUUUCUUGCUGGGAAAUCUAGAGAGCAGUAUAUUAAUGGUGUGCAGAAGAGUCUGGAAUACAUUAAAGAUGGAGAAAGCUAUGAGUUGUGUCUCACUACUCAAAUAAGGAAAAGAGUUGGAGAUAUAGAGUCUCUUGGGCUUUACCUUCAGCUGAGAGAGAAAAAUCCCGCGCCAUAUGCUGCGUGGCUUAAUUUUUCAAAUGAAAAUUUGUGCAUAUGCUGUUCUUCCCCUGAGAGGUUCUUGCGCUUGGACAGAAACGGUGUUCUGGAAGCAAAGCAUAAGGGUACUAUCGCCCGUGGCAGAACGCACGAAGAAGAUGAACAGCUUAAAUUGCAAUUGCAAUACAGUGAAAAAGAUAAAGCUGAAAAUCUUAUGAUUGUUGAUCUCUUGAGGAAUGAUCUUGGCCGUGUCUGUGAACCUGGCUCUGUUCAUGUGCCACGUCUUAUGGAUGUGGAAUCAUAUGCAACUGUUCAUACAAUGGUGAGCACAAUUCGAGGAAAGAAGAGGUCUAACAUAAAUGCAGCCGACUGUAUCCGGGCUGCAUUUCCAGGUGGUUCAAUGACCGGAGCACCAAAGUUGAGAUCUAUGGAACUUCUUCAUUCUCUUCAAAGUUGUUCCCGUGGCAUCUACUCAGGUUCUAUUGGAUAUUUCUCAUACAAUCAGACAUUUGAUCUUAAUAUUGUGAUAAGAACGAUCGUAAUACAUGAAGGUGAAGCUUCUAUAGGAGCAGGUGGAGCCUUUGUUGCUUUGUCAAAUCCUGAAGAUGAGUAUGAUGAAAUGAUACUGAAAACAGGUGCACCAGCAAAGGCAGUGGUAGAAUUUCAAUAGGUUCGGAAUUGACACUGUAGAAUAUUAAGAGUGUUGUAUUUUUGUUCUUCUUAGAGUCUGUUACUAUUGCACACAAGAACACUUAGGCCUGCAGAAAACAGGGGCAAGGUAGCAUCAAUUUUUCUUUUUUAGCCGAGCUCACAGAUUCAUUUCAUGAGAGAAUAGAUGUCCAUUUUUUUUAAUCUUUUUUUUUUCUCAGACAUUUGCGUGCUUCAGUGCCAUGAUUUUGAUUUGAUUUGUAUCCAAUUGAUUAUCAUUACAAACAUUUAUAUAUCAACUCUUUAUUUA